AUGCAGGCCUGCGAUCGCUGCCAUCGCCGCAAAUCGCGAUGUGACAAACAGGUGCCGGUCUGCGGUCCCUGUCGGAAGGCAAACGUUGCCUGUGUCUACACCGACCGGUCCAAGGAGCCCACGUAUCGCAAGGAGGUCGUGGAACGACUGGAGCGGCGUUUGAGGCAGUGUGAAGCAACCAAUCGUGCGCUGGCGGCGAGACUUGCGGCGGCACAGAGUGAGAGCAGCAACGCCGGCAACGGUUCUGAAGUCCCGGCGUCGAGGCAGAGCCCCAGCCUCGAUGCCAGCAGCAGCAGCCCUGGUCAGCAGCAGCAGCAGCAACAGCAAGGUCAACGAAUACAGCAGCAGCAGCAGCAGCAGCAGCCGAAGCAGGAGGGUGACAACGAGGUGACGGAUGAGGUCUCGUUUCUCUCACUGACGGCUGGUGGUGACCGCCAGUUCCUGGGCUCUGGCAGCGGCGUGCUGUUUGCCAACCUCGUCAGAGCCACCGUCGAUGCUGCUCCAGUCCCGAUAUCUACGCCAGCAAGGACAGCGUUCACUCCGCGGGCGUCGCAUUCAGAGAACCCCGCCCGCGGUGGCAGCAUCGGCAGUGCCUUUUCAAUCGGCUCGCCUGCUGCAAAGUCAGAGACAUAUCAGAUCCCGCCGGAGCCGUUUGCGCGCGACCUGCACCAUGCAUACUUCGAACACGAUUAUCUCUGCUAUCCGUUCCUGCAUCGGCCGACCGUCCUGACGGCCUUCGAGCAGAUAUACAGGGACCCGUCCGUCCUGGAUCGAGAUGUCUUCUCGUGCUUCAUCUUCUACAUGAUUCUCGCCAUUUCGUCUGUGGACUAUCACAAGUUUGACUGGCAGACCCGGCCCGAUGCUGAGAACUUCCAUGUUGUUGCUUUGUCAAAACUGACCGAAGUGCUACAGCUUGGGGGAAUCAAGCCUCUACAGGCCAUCUUACUGCUUUGCCAGUACCGGAUGAGGAGCCCAAUUCAGGAUACUUCAGCGAGUAUGUGGCACCUGGUAGGCGUUGCCUGUCGUAUAUGCAUUGAGCAAGGCCUUCAUCGAGAAUCAACAUAUCCUUCCCGGACGCCAUCAGACCGGAUGGAGACUGAUUCCCCAAGUAACACCGUCCGUGCAGAGGUUGGCAGGCGGUGCUUCUUCUGCGUCAUUGCAAUGGAUCGUGUCGUGAGCAAUACUCUUGGCCGGCCCUUUGGGAUACGUCUGUCGGAUACGGACACGGCACUGCCCGAUCCUCAGUAUGAUCUAGAGGUAAACCCGCCAGAAAGCAGUUUCCAUCCCACUACGGAUUGCUUCUCUCGCACCGCUCUCUUCGUACAUAUAGUCCGGUACCGGAUUAUCUGUGGUAAAAUACUUUUCUCCAUGGAUAGCGGCCAGUCAGGGUCACAGGAGUCCAACGAAGCCUCUGCCUUGUCUAAGCGUGAUAACUUAGCAGCAGAGCUCGAACAGUGGCGACAUGACACUGCCUCGCUCAGCCUGCCAGCUGUGGACUUGUCCAGCACAAUACCGGGUGACAGAUCAAGUUUCCGCGCUCACGAGUGGUAUGAGCUACUGUAUUACAAUGCACUGCUGAUGCUGUACCGCCCUUCUCCAGCGCUGCCAGCGGUCUCGUCAACAGUGCCUACCGCCAUACAGACCAUCUUCACCGCGGCAAAGCAGUCAAUCACCCUAUACGCACAUCUUCACCGCUCCAGGCGGAUCAAUUACACAUGGAUCACCCUCCAUGCUGUGUUCAUGGCUGGACUCUCAUACAUCUAUGCUGUUGGCCGCCAUUUCCGUGCAAAGCGAAGACUAGCCAUGGGCGGCCCCGCCGGCGUGAUGCUCGACGAAGAUCCGUCGAUAAUCGAAAUUGUCAACGAAACUCGGGCUUGUUCAACCGUGCUCGUGGCUGUUUCUGAGAGGUGGAGUGCCAUUCGUCACUCGCAUGAAGUCUUCCAUCGUCUCAGCGAUGCUGUGCUUUCAGAUGCCAUCGAACUUCUCAACAACCCCCCUCAAAGUACGGCAACAGCAGCUUCAGGUACCCAAUCUCUUGUCUCACCCAUGAAAAUGGGUCCAAUGGCUUCUCCCACAAGCCUGCCUACUUCUCAUCUUUCACCAAUGGCCAACGCAGGUAUGGACCAAUGGCCUAUCCCAGAUACCAGCAUGAGUCCUCAAUUAGCUGUCGACUCGGUGCUGCGAGACUGUUUCAGAGAUCUCCAGCACAUGAAUGAGUACAGCUAUGGAGAUGACCCGAUUUGUCGUCUGUCGCAGGACUGGCUUGGUGAGAUUGGUGGAAUGGCCUUGGACGCGGUUCAUGUCUGGGGUGAAUGA